UGCUCAUUCGCGGAAAAAUAGUGCUUGUGAAAACAUCGUUUAUGAUUUUUUCGUGUAUGUGUGAAUUAAAUUUCACAAUUCAUCGCAAAAGUUCUCAACUUUUAAUAAACCAGUGAAUAAAAUAAAAAAAGAGACAACAAAUUAACGAAUUCUUAAACAAAAGUGUUUAAUGAAAUAAUAAACUUAAAGCUUUUCGUUAACCUUGCGAAAUAGGUUUUUUUUGGACAAAGAACGUGAAUUGAACAUUUUGAUUUACAUUUUUCUUUGAGUUUUUGAUGCAAUCGAUUUUUGCCAACGACCAAUGAGUAAUCUUUAUUAAUUUUUCGAGCACUUUUGAUUUCUAUCUCUGUGUGUAGAGUACGAAUUUAUUAAAGAAAGUUGGAAAAAUCCCAACAAACAAUAAAAGAGUACGAACACAAUUGGAUUAAAUUGUGAAACAAACAGAAAACAAUUAAUAACAAAUACUAACUUGCAAUUAAUCAUGAAAUUUGUUCCAACAACAAAAUUCAACGUUAAUAAUUAUCUUGUUCAAAGUGAAAUAACUUCGGUGUGUGUGCAAGAAUUCAAUAUAAAUAUUUAUACAACGGCUACUAAGCAAUCGAAUAACAAAUUGUACUUGUCACGAAAAACAACCAAUAGAGGAUCUCAAGUGAUUUUUAAAAGAAAUAGACAAAAUCAAAUACAAAAUUUAAGUAAAAAAAAUACAAUUUUUAAAAAUUGGAAAAAUCAAAACUUUUGCAUAUCCACUUCUUGAUUAAGUGCAACAAAUAAUUAAAUAAUAUUAAAACAAUUUCUAACAAUAAACAUAAUUGUGCUAAACCAAAGUGAAUAACUAAUUAAUUGGACUUCCUUUAAAAAUUAAAAAAAAAACAAAACAAAAUAUAAAUUAAUUGUUACUUAAAAAAAAAACAAAAGUAGAAGUUAAUAAAUAAAUUUACCUCGUGUUUUACUGUCACAUCAUUUUUUCAUAUUCUUUUUGAGUUUAAAUUCUUAAAUUGCGCGCGCGCUUCUGCCCUUUUUUGCUUCACUAACUGCCCGGCGUGCAUAAAGGAAAAUUUGUUUCCUUGUCUAACUAAAUUUAUUGUGCCUGUAUUUAUUUUCUGUGCACUUGCUCAAGGCUAAUUCUAACCAUAUCCACCACCUUCGACAACAACAACAUUGUUGUCAUCAGUCAGUAAAAGAGAGAUAUCACAAGAAACUUUUCUCAAUAAAUACAGGGUGUCUACUACAGCAUCAAGUGAUUUGGAUACCUUAAGGAAUAAAAGCUUCAAGAUUUCUAGUUCAACUGCAUCUUUAUUCUCUGUUAAAAUUUCUAAAUCUUUGGAAAAAACUAAAAACAACAAAAAAUCCAACAUGCCGCGUCGUAAUAAGAAAGGUGGAAAAGGACGUAAUGGUGAUUCCAAUUCGGAAGAUGAAUCUUAUAAUGACAAUGCAUCAGUAUAUUCAUACGUUUCCGAUAAUGCUCCCUCGUCUGUUAAUGAUACCGAUGAAUUGUCUCUAAACGAACGUUAUGAGGAAAAGUUCGUACAAGCUUUAGAAAAUGCUACAGAAAAAUCUGCACAAACUAGAGUUUCGGCUUUGGAGAGCAUGUGUGAAUCUUUGAUGCAUCGUUAUAUGCCCGACUGUGUCGAUGAUCGCAAGGAUACACUGAUCGAUUGCAUAGAAAAAAGUAUACGUCGUGGUAAAGGCUCCGAACAGGUGUGGGGCGCUAGAUUAGCUCCUUUGCUCGUAUUGCAAUUGGGAGGAGAUGAGGGAAUUUCGAAGGCUUUAAAUCAAUUCUUGUUAACCACAGUGCAGGAUAAAUCGGUAUCGUUUGAUGCCCGUGCAAAAUGCUGUACUGCCUUGGGUUUAUUGAAUUUCUUUGGCAAUGUUGACAUUGGCGACCUUUUGACUUUGAUGCAAUUUUUCGAAGGUAUUUUUAGUGGCAGUUAUUUAAAGGGUGACGAUAAGACACCCAUCUCCGUUAAUGCUGAUGCUGGUACAUUGCAUGCAGAGGCUUUGUCAUCGUGGGGCUUAUUACUGACUAUGAUACCACCGGGCGAUUUUGUCUCCUGGAUGACCAGUGGUCAAUCUAUGUUGCCACCUUUUAAAAAACUUAUGGGUCUUUUACAAUCUCCUCAUUUGGAUGUACGCAUGGCUGCGGGUGAAACUUUAGCAUUAAUUUUGGAAUGCGGCCGUGCUCACGAUGACGAUUUCUUGGAGGAGUACUUAAAUGAUUUAAUUGAUGCUGUCAAGCAAUUGGCUACUGAUUCGCACAAAUACCGAGCUAAGCGUGACCGUAAAGCUCAAAGAGCUACAUUCAGAGAUGUUUUGCGUUACUUGGAGGAGGAUAUUUCGCCGGAAAUAAGUAUACGCUUUGGCACUGAAAGUUUAGUUUUAGAUUCAUGGGCUAUACAUCAUCAAUAUUCGGCUUUGUGUGUUGUGAUGGGUCCUGGCAUGACAUCCCAAUUACAAGAAAAUGAUUUUAUAAGAGAAAUGUUUGGAUUGGGAGCCAAACUCAAUCAAACUAAUGGAGUACCCAAAAGCAAAGCUUCUAAAUUGGAAAGGCAUUUAAUGAACGCAGCUGCAUUUAAAGCUCGCACUAUAUCAAGAGCCAAAAACCGUGAUAAACGUUCUGCCGUUUUUAACUAAAAUUAAAUCACAAAUGAAAUACCUAGUUUUUAGUUUACUUAUCUCCCAGCCAAUUCAAAUUUACCAACAAACCAAACCUUUUUGAAUAUAAAUUUUAUAUUAUUUUCUUUUUAUAAAAUUCAUUUCAUUUGUUUAACUUUUGUUAAGUUGUUAGUUUAAUUUUAAAAUCUUUAAAAUAUUUUAGAAAAAAAUAUAAACAUAAUAAAAUAUAAUGAAACAAAUAAACAAAAACUUUAGGCAUAGUAAAAUAUUUUAACAAGUAAUGAACUAUGAAACAUAAAUAUAUAAUAAAAUAUAUAUAUAUAUACUAUAAUACAUAAUACAUUUAUUUAGUCAAUGGAUGGCAAAUAGUAGUGCAUUAAUUUAUGAUUAUUGCGUAUGCAAUUGUAUUGCUUACAUUUUUAGAUUUAAAUCAUUAGGUGUUAAGUUGUGUAAUCAUUAAACUCUCGGAACAAUUCUAUUAACAAACUCUUCUAUUAUAUAUUUUGCAAAAUGUCAGCACCAUAUCCUCCUAACAUAUAUACAUACAUAUGUAUAUAUUUGCGAUUAACCUUCCUGCUAAAUUAAAUUGAGACAUCAUAACCGGUCAAAGCAAUACAAUUAAUAAUGUAUGUAAUAUAGAAAUACCAAUAAUUUUUAUAAAGCAUAUAUGAAAAUUACAAUUACCUUACUACUUACCCCCACUUGAAAACUGUAUAAAACAUUAAUUUUUAAUUCAAUACAAAUAAAAAUUAGUCAUAUAAUAAUUACAGAUACAAGCCGAAAUAAA